AUGGAAGGGCAAGGAUUGAUUGUCUUGCCAUCCAAAGAUCUUCUUGAGGACAUCAAGUUCUUCACAAAGUUUGGGUUUCAUCAAGAACAAAUUUUCCCUGCUGAUAAUCCUGCUGUUUCUGUACUCUCGGGAUAUGGAAUGAAAUUGCAGAUCGAUAAAAGAGCAGACAUACCCCCACCAACUAUACAUAUUUUGACUGAAAAUUCUGGGAAACUUGAAGAAAAAUUAUCAUCAGGCAACACUGCUCCAAAUGGUACUACUGUAAAAAUCUUUCCCAAAUCAACAGGAAUUACCAUUCCCCGUCCAGUACAGAAAUUGGAGAUAACUCAUCUGGAUAAAGGUUACUCUUGGGUGGUUGGCCGUGCCGGAAUGCUAUAUCGUGAUUUGGUUCCCUCUAGAUUAGGCGGGGCACUGAUUGCAUCCCAUAUUCACAUUCCAAAUGACGGUCCAGUCCCUGACAUGGUGCAUUAUCAUACUGUGUUAUUUCAGCUGAUCUACUGUUAUAAAGGAUGGGUCAAAGUUGUCUAUGAGGAUCAAGGUGAACCUAUAAUUCUACACCCCGGAGAUUUUGUGAUUCAGCCACCAGAAAUCAGGCAUCGGGUUUUGGAAUCAGGAGAGGGUUUGCAGGUCAUUGAAAUAGGGGUUCCAGCUCAGCAUAUGACUUCCUUUGACCAGCAUACCCAAUUGCCUACUAUUGCCUGCCAACCUGAACGAGAAUUCCAGGACCAGGUUUUUUGCCACCAUCAAGCUGGGAAUGCCGUCUGGAAGUUAAUGAAUGGGUUCAAUAUAUGUAACACUGGUGUAUGUGAGGCUACCAAAGGUGUUGCUAGUGUGACAAUUGCCAAGCCAACCGAUUCAUCUGAGGUACACUCAAUUCAUGACUGCGACAUAUACUUCGCAUUUGUUCUUAAAGGAAGGACUGAGUUGAAUGUGAAAGAUAAUGGUAGCUAUAUUUUGAGUGAAGGAGAUGCAUUUGUAGUGCCACGUAACAUGGUAUUUGUGUUCUCUAAUUACUCAAAAGAUUUGGAACUAUUGCGAAUUUCACUCCCAAAAGUGUAAUUUGAACUACCUUAGUUCAUCAAUCCUGUUUACCUGUAGCUUUCUUAACCCAUUGAGCUGCAAUGUGCCCCAGUGCGCCCUACUUAUUUUUUUUACUUGUCUAGUUCCUGAUGAUUUUAAUCGUCAUUGGGGAAGCUCUGCAGCUUAAUGAGUUAACCAAAAAUCUAACAAUGCCUCUAGUUAUUAGUUAACCCAUUCAGCCGCAAUGAGCCCAGUACUUAUUUUUCUUACUUGUCUAAUGCCAGACAAUUCUACUUGUCAAUAGGGAAGCUCUGCAGCUUAAUGGGUAAUAAUAAGAACAUUUUAUAAAAAUUGUACUUAAAAAUAUGUAACUGAUAAAAAAUAUCAAAAUUAUAGCCAAGCUUUUCAAACUAAGCAUCCAACCUCAGCUUAAAAUGUACACUAAAUAAUUAUCAGAGCUGGAUGAGGAUAUUUUAUUAACCCAUUGGGCACCAGUGCUCUGCCCUUGAUGAAUAAAAUUGUCUGAUGUUAGACAGAGUAAUUAGUAAUAAACUAGAGUGCAGUCUCAGAAUAGAGACCUCACAGAAGGCUGACUCAGCCAGAAAAAAGUUUGUCGGUAAGUCGGUUAACCAAGUCAACUCCGGGUCAAAUCCGAGCCAGAGUCAAAUGUCUGAUGAGAUGUCUUUAGCGGUCUUUAUAGUUCAAUGACUUAGUACCCUAACCCUACUCCUAACCUAUUAAAACCUUCUCCUUACCCUAUUCGAUUGUAAAUUUUAUUCCAUUUUGUCUUUUUUUACGUGACUCAGAUGUUUGACCCGGGCUCGGAAUUGAUUCGGAAUUGAUUCGGACUCGAAUUUGACCUGGUAAAUGAAUUUACUCUGCCAGAAAAGCAUAACUACCAGCACACCAUGAUUCGCAAUGAUUUGUCAUCAAAAUGCACUCGCCAUGUUCCUAGCCAGUGUGCUUAUGAGAGACAUUCAUCCCUUGAAUGUACACCAUUUUGAAUAUUUUUAGGGGGGGGGGGGGGGGGGGGUUAAAACCUCUCAUAAGUGCACUGGCUAGGAACAUGGUGACAACACAAUGCCAAAAUCAUGACAGGGUUUGCCAAAAUCAUAGGCAAAAACCAAGACGUCUGCCUUUUGUACGAUUUUUGGACCAGGAACUGGUCCCCAAUCUCUGCUAAUCUUGUUGUUGUUGUCAGGGGGCGACGCUCUUCGAAAAAAGCCUAAGGCUCCUUCAUUUUGAGUCCGAUCGUCAUGAAAUUUGAAACGAUUUUAAACGAUAUUCCUCAUCGAUUGACGGUGUUCGAUUUUUUUAUUUUCGAUUUAUAACCGUAUCCCCCUGUACCCGCCUGUACCCUGGAUCCGCCCCUAUACCGUACUUGAGCUACACUUGAUACCCUCUGGAUCCGGUAGUACCGUCUAUGUUAUAUACGGUUGCGAACUAUGGAGACUUGUUGGAAAAAGCACAAACUAUGAUGGUGGUUCAUCAGGUAUAUUCGAUCUGAAAUAGACAAAAGGAAACUAUUUUUCCUAGGAAUGUUAAGUAAUUCAUGCGUAACAUGGUCAGUUUAUAAAGUUAUAUUUUACAGACGGUUAAUUCGCUGGAAAUGGGAUUUUAAAUCAGCGACGACUGGUUUUAGUAUACUAUAUGGGAAAAUCAUUAAUUGUACUGCAGUACAAUUAAUUAAUGAUGGUAAUAGAACGAAUAGGAGUGCUAUUAAUGCCAUAAUCAUACGAGUGAUUACAAAAUCAACCGACCGCGUAGCGGGAGGUUGAUUUGUUAAUCACGAGUAUGAUUAUGGCAUUAAUAGUACGACUUUAAUUCGUUCUAUUACUUAUUAAUUAUUUAUCUUCUGUAAUCAAACUGUUUAAGGGGGAAAAGCAGAAAAAUGCAAUUUGUUGAAGUUCAAUAUAAUUAUUAAAUUUUUGUCACGACAAUUCUUAGUGAAAUAGUACAAUUUUGAAUUAUUGUUUAUCAUAUGUAAUCAAAUUAACAUAUUAUUAACUUCCGGGCAUUAUUUCCGGUAUAAUCACAUGACAACAUUUGUUUGAAUUAUUCAACACACAAUUGGGAAGCCAUGUUUGUAUGUUUAUAACGUGUUCAAAAUAGUGAAGUUCUUUAAUUCAAUUAAUCAUCUGAAAUUGGAUGGAAAUAUAAAUCCUGUUUGUGUUUAGUUCGGUGUCUUCUGCUGGAUGAACAGGUAGGUCAUUUUCGUCAGAAAAUAUAUAAUUUAACAACCCUCGAAAACGAGAUCUGCAUUCGGCAAUGCCGACCUACAGUAAAUGCCGACCUAUCAACCUCCCAUGUCGGCAAUGUUUUGCCCACCUUAAUUCAGCCAAAGUAAUAAUCUUUUUUGGUGCUUAUAGCUGUUAAAAAGUCAGCGAUUAUAGAAUUCGAUGUACUUUGGUGUAAGGUUUAAGAAUUAACGGGUAUAUUUAUGAUAUAAUUUAGGUAAAACUCUAAAAGAAAAGGCUUCGUGACAUUUAUACUUUUCAAUGAUUCGUAAAUACGUGAUUACUAGUGCAGGCUACUAGUGCUCCAAGACAUGGAAACAGAUUUUAAAAAAUGCCGAGAUGUGUCGAGCUAGGUCAGAUUUAGGUCGGCAUUUUUUUUCCGACCUCAAUUUUGACGGUUUUCGAGGGCUGAUUUAAAAAUUAAAAGGUCAAAAUUUGUGAAUUCCUCCAUUUUGAAAUUUUUUACAGCAAUAAAGAAAAUAAAAUUCAAAGUUUGUAUCCUGAAUGCUGAUUGGCUAGUUGUAAAUACUAGACUGAUUUUCAUUGGCUGUAAACAAGAGUGCGAUUACAGCUCAGAAAAGGUGCGAUUAAUGCUCAAAUCGCACUCCUGUCAACCAAUGAAAUUGCAGUAUUUGCCACUGAUUACAGAAGAUAAAUAAUUAAUGAAAUAAUUGUACUCCUCUCAACCAAUGAGCAUCCAGUAAUUUUGUCAUGCUAAUGAUAAUUCCAGAUAUUUAUCAGAUAUCCUUCAACGAUAUGACUUGUUCUGUUUUAUGAAUGAUUUUAUUGAUAACGGAGAAUUUCCAAGGAAGAAAUUGAAGAAUCAGUGGAAAAAGAUCGUUAUCGAGUCCGAAUGGUGUAUGAGCAAAACUGGUGUGAAUUUGUUAGACAAAUUGCCUAUAGAUGAGUUAUCUACAUUCAAUACUUGA